AUGAAGGCAUACACGCUAAAAUUAGUGGACCUGCAAUUAUUCUCCUCAUUUUCUCCUGGUUUUAACCUGUUUUUAUACAAUCAAACAUUUCUAAAUCCACUUUGUAUUCUUUUUCAGCUGUUGGAAUCACAUGUUGUCAAAUUUGUGAAGAAUGAACUAAAGAAGAUCCAGGAGGUUCUGAGACAUGAUCACCCAAAAUUAUUUGGGAGUCAAUUUGAGGAUGAAGAGCUGUUAGGGCAUACAGAUGAGGAGCAGAAGAGGAAAAGCAGAGAGGCAAUUAUGAGGAUAACUCUGAAAUUUCUGAGGGGACUGAAGCAGAUAGAGCUGGCUGAUCGUCUCGAGAACAAACUGUUAAAAGUACUUUGUAAACGUCAACUGAAAUCGUCUCUGAAGAAGAAGUUCCAGUGUCUGUUUGAGGGAAUUCCUAAAGCAGGAAACCAAACUCCUCUUAAUCAGAUCUACACGGAGCUCUACAUCACAGAAGGAGAAACUGGAGAGGUCAGACAGAUUGAAGCAGCAUCCAGGAAACCAGAGAGCCCAGAAACAACAAUCAAACUUGAAGACAUCUUUAAGCCUCUGCCUGUAAGAGAUGAACCAAUCAAGACAGUGAUGACACAGGGAGUGGCUGGCAUUGGGAAAACAGUCUUAACUCAAAAGUUCAUUCUGGACUGGGCUGAAAAAAAAAACAACCAUGAUGUUGAGUUCAUAUUUCCAUUCACUUUCAGAGAGCUGAAUGUGCUGAAGGAUAGAAACUUCAGUUUGGUGGAACUUGUUCAUCAAUUCUUUGCUGAAACCAAAAGAAUCCGUCAGUUCGAGCAGUUCAAGGUGGCAUUCAUCUUUGAUGGCCUGGAUGAGAGUCGAUUUCAUUUGGACUUCCACAGCAAUGAGAUCCUGACUGAUGUUACACAGCCUGCCUCAGUGGAUGUUCUGCUGACAAACCUUAUCAGGGGGAAACUGCUUCCUUCAGCCCGCCUCUGGAUAACUACAAGACCUGCAGCAGCCAGUCAGAUUCCUGCUGAGUGUGUUGACAUGAUGACAGAGGUUAGAGGGUUUACUGACCCACAGAAAGAGGAGUAUUUCAAGAAGAGGUUCAGAGGAGAGGAGGAGAAAGCCAGCAAUAUCAUCUCCUACAUUAAGACAUUACGGACCCUCCACAUCAUGUGCCACAUCCCAGUCUUCUGCUGGAUCACUGCUACAGUUCUGGACGAUGUGUUGAAGACCCAAGAGGGAGGAGAGCUACCCAGAACCCUGACUGAGAUGUACAUUCACUUUUUGGUAGUUCAGACCAAGGUUAAGAAAGUCAAGUUUGAUGGAGGAGUUGUGACAGAUCCACACUGGAGUUCAGAGAGCAGAAAAAUAAUCAAGUCUCUCGGAAAACUGGCUUUUGAUCAGCUGCAGAAAGGAAACCUGAUCUUCUACGAGUCAGACCUGAAAGAGUGUGGCAUAGAUAUCAGAUCAGCCUCAGUGUACUCAGGAGUCUUCACACAGAUAUUUAUAGAAGACAAAGGACCACACCAGGACAAGGUUUUCUGCUUUGUCCAUCUGACCAUUCAGGAGUUUCUGGCUGCUCUUCAUGUUCAUCUGACCUUCAUCAACUCUGGUGUCAACCUGAUGGAUAAUAAACAAAAAACUUUUAAGAAGUUUUCUAUAGCUAUGAAACAAAAACCAAAAUAUCUCCAUGAAUGUGCUAUUGACAAAGCCCUACAGAGUUCGAAUGGACAUCUAGAUUUGUUCCUUCGCUUCCUUCUGGGUCUUUCACUGGAAACCAGUCAAGUUUUCCUCGAAACCCUUCUGUCACAGAACCCAGUCAUGAACAUACCUAUUAAUCAUGAAACUCCCUUGUACAUCAAGAAGAAGAUCAAUGACAAUUUGUCAGCAGAACAAAGUAUCAAUCUGUUCCACUGUCUGAACGAACUAAAUGAUCUUUCUCUGGUGAAGGAGAUCCAACAGUCCUUGAGUUCAGGAAGUCUCACAACAGAUAAACUCACCAAUGCUCAGUGGUCUGCUCUGGUUUUCCUCUUAUUGUCAUCAGGCAAAUAUUUGGAUGAGUUUGACCUGAAGAAAUACUCAGCUUCAGAAGAUGCUCUUCUGAGGCUGCUGCCUGUGGUCAAAGCUUCCAGCAAGGCUUUACUGAGUGGCUGUAACCUUUCAGAAAGAAGCUGUGAAGCUCUGUCCUUAGUGCUCAGCUCUCAGUCCUGUUCUUUGAAAGAGUUGGACCUGAGUGACAACAACCUGUAUGAUUCAGGAGUAAAACAUCUGUCAGACGGCCUGAAGAGUCCAAACUGCAAACUGGAAGUUCUCAGACUUUCAGGUUGCCUGAUCACAGAUGAUGGCUGUGCUUCUCUUGCCUUAGCUCUGAGUACUAACCCCUCUCAUCUCAAAGUGUUGGACCUGGCCUACAAUCAUCCCAAACCCUCAGGAGUGAAGAUUCUGUCAACAUGUAAAAGUAGUACACUGGAAACUCUCAGCCCCAAAUAUUCUUGA